AUGGAGCAAAUGACAUGGAACUCGAAGAUCCAUUUGUUUACAAGCAUUUUGGAAGCAUGGCAACCAUUGGCAAAUACAAUGCUCAAUCUCGUAGGUCUUAGGCAGAGCAAGGAGGCCAAAGGAUUAUCCAUGGCAGGAUUUUUCAGUUGGCUUAUUUGGCGGUCAGCAUAUUUGACUCGUGUUUUUAAGCUGGAGGAACAGAUUUUAUGUGGCAAUCAACUGGCUUAUACAACCUUGGUGUUUGAUCGUAAGCAGUCAUGGCACGUUUCCUUGGGAUAUGUUGAGCAGAGUGCAAAUGAGUAUGUCGACUGCCUUCAUGGUAUUUUGAACAAGUUGAAGGUUCUUAAUCUCAGCAAUUCCAAAGAUCUCACUAGAGCACCAGACUUCUCACAAGUCCCACAAUUGGAGAUACUAAUACUUGAAGGUUGCACAUGCUUGGUUAAGGUUCAUGAGUCUAUUGGAUGUCUAAAAAAACUUGUUUUAUUGAAUUUCAAGAAUUGCAUGAACCUCAAGGACCUUCCAAGAAGCAUUUUUAACUUAGUAUCUCUUGAAUCUGUUGACUUGUCUGGUUGUUCAGCACUUGAAAAGUUACCAGAGGUAGGGGAGAAUAUUAUGGAUUUAACGAAGCUAAUUAGGGAUGAAACUCCUAUUUAUCAACUACCAUCCUCCUUUGGUGUUUUGAAGAAUCUCAAAUAUUUAUCGUUAGAAGGAUGUAGUCGUCUCACUGAAUUACCAAACUUCUUACAAGCCCCACAUUUGGAGAGACUGGGACUUAAAGGUUGUAUGGGUUUGGUUGAGAUUCAUGAGUCAAUUGGAUAUCUUAGAAGACUUGUUUCAUUGAGUUUAAACAAUUGUAUGAACCUCAAGGACCUUCCAAGAAGCAUUUUCAACUUAGAAUCUCUUGAAUCUUUUGACUUGUCUGGCUGUUCAGCACUUGAAAAAUUACCAGAGGGGAAUAUGAUGGAUUUAACGAAGCUAAUUAGGGAUGAAACUCCUAUUUAUCAACAACCAUCCUCCUUUGGUGUUUUGAAGAAUCUCAAAUAUUUAUCGUUAGAUGGAUGUAGUCGUCUCAUUGAAUUACCAAACUUCUUACAAGCCCCACAUCUGGAGAUACUGGGACUUCAAGGUUGUAUGGGCUUGGUUGAGAUUCAUGAGUCAAUUGGAUAUCUGAGAAGACUUGUUUCAUUGAAUUUAAACAAUUGUAUGAACCUCAAGGACCUUCCAAGAAGCAUUUUUAACUUAGAAUCUCUUGAAUCUUUUGACUUGUCUGGCUGUUCAGCACUUGAAAAAUUACCAGAGGGGAAUAUGAUGGAUUUAACGAAGCUAAUUAGGGAUGAAACUCCUAUUUAUCAACUACCAUCCUCCUUUGGUGUUUUGAAGAAUCUCAAAUAUUUAUCAUUCGAUGGAUGUAGUAGUCUCACUGAAUUACCAAACUUCUUACAAGCCCCACAUUUGGAGAGACUUGGACUUAAAGGUUGUAUGGGCUUGGUUGAGAUUCAUGAGUCAAUUGGAUAUCUGAGAAGACUUCACUUGACAAGUUACCAGAGCAAUUGGGAGCUAUGA